UCAAGCAAUGUCUUUUUGGGUCACGUGACUAAGCACGUGAUGCACAGUCGCCGCAGAACUUUUCUGAGUUCUGCUUUAUUCCCAGUUUCACCCUUCGCCGGUAUCAUCAUCAUCAAUCAUCUUUGCCGGCUGACAGCAAUUUGGAAAAGUAGUAAUCUCAAAUUAAAACCCUCAUUUCUGAAAUAUCAUGAAAUCCCCACAAUCUGGAUAUCCCUAACCCCUUAAUCUGGAUUGGGAUUCAUUUAGUCCCGGAAUCCUAAUGAAAUUCAUCUGAUUUUGUCAAUGGAUUUCUCCGAAUUGGAAGGGAUCGAGGGUUUGCGUUGGUCAUGGCAUUCAUGGCCCAUUUCCAAGCCCGAAGUUGCAUCACUGGUGGUUCCACUAUCGAUUAUGUGUACUCCGUUAACGCCAUUCAGCGAGCUGCCUAUCCUCCCUUACGAACCCCUCAAUUGCUCCCAAUGCGCCGCCGUCUUGAACCCCUACUCUCGCGUGGAUUACGUAUCCAAAAUCUGGGUUUGCUCGUUUUGCUAUCGGAAAAAUCCCUUUCCGAGAUCGUACGCUCAUAUAAAUGAAAACAACAUCCCUGCUGAGCUUUUUCCCACUUAUAGUACCGUUGAAUAUCAUCUAGGGACGGGUCCGGCCUCGGGUUUGGCUUCGGGCCUGGUAAGAAGUCCUAGUGGGCUGUCCGGAUUGAGGUCAAAUACUAGUUCGUUCUCGAGUAUCUCUGCCUAUUCCGGCUCGGGUUCGGGUUUGGAUUGGGCUGGGGUGGGAGUUGCAGUUGGACCAGCAUUCGUGUUUGUUGUGGAUGGUUGCUCGUCACCGGAGGAGCUGGAAGCACUGAAGAGGGAGUUGCUGCACACAAUUACGCGAUUGCCGGAGAAUGCUUUGGUUGGUCUGGUGGUUUUUGAUGCUAUGGUGAAGGUAUAUGAUUUGGGAUUCACGGAGUGUUUGAAGGUGGUUGUUUUUCAUGGCGAGCGUGAGCUUUCGCCUGAACAGGUCAAGGAGCUUUUGGGUCUCCAUCACAUGAAGCAGUCUCUUGGGAAGGCAUCAGCAGUACAAAAACAAGGCUUUCUAUUACCAGUGUCUGAAUGCGAGUUCAACAUCAUGACAGCAAUUGAAGAUAUCCAUUCGUCACCUUUAGUCAAGCCAGGACAUCGACCUCUACGGUCUACAGGGGUUGCGAUAUCAGUAGCAGUUGGGCUUUUAGAAGGAUGCUUGAUAAAUACUGGUUCCCGUGUGAUGGUCUUCACAUCAGGACCUGCAACUACUGGGCCAGGGAUGAUUGUUAACUCAGAUCUUAGUUAUUCCAUUAGAACUCACCGUGACCUCCAUAAUGGUUAUGCUUCCUACUAUAAAACAUCUAGUGAAUUUUACAAGCAAAUAUCUCACAGAUUAUCCGACUCAUCGAUCAUUCUUGAUCUGUUCGCCUGCUCUCUGGACCAGGUUGGCGCAGCUGAAUUAAAAUUCCCAGUUGAAAGUUCAGGCGGUUUCAUGAUGUUAGGGGAGUCAUUCGAAUCUGAGCAAUUUAGAAAGUGCUUGCGUCACAUGUUUGACCGUGAUGAUGAUGGAAACUUAAAGAUGUUUUUUGACGCAAGCAUAGAGAUAGUUACAACCAGAGAUGUGAAAGUUUGUGGAGCUCUUGGCCCUUGUGUUUCUAUGCAAAAGAAGAAUGAUUCAGUGAGUGACAAGGUGAUUGGUGAAGGUGGCACCCUUAUGUGGAAACUGGGUACUCUUACCAGCAAAACAUGCAUUGCUUUCUUCUUUGAAAUUGGGCACGAACAGAAAGCUCAACCCAGCUCUGCAUUUUUCAUACAGUUCAUAACUAAAUACAGAUGUAAUAACAUGGGACUUCGGAAGAGGGUGACCACUGCCGCAAGAAGGUGGGUGGGGAAACAUUCACCAGAAAUUGCUUCCGGUUUUGAUCAGGAAGCAGCAGCUUCAGUUAUGGCCCGACUUGCCAUCCACAAGGCGGAGAGAAAUCUUGCUGAAGAUGUUAUCAGAUGGCUUGAUAAGACUUUGAUACAGUUUGCAUCUAAAUUUGGGGAUUAUGCACAGGAAGAUCCGUCUAGCUUCCGCCUUUCAACCAAUUUUUCCUUGUAUCCACAAUUUAUGUACUACUUGAGGAGAUCCCAGUUUAUGGAUGUUUUCAACAGCACUCCAGACGAGACGGCCUUUUUCCGUUUGAUGUUAAACCGUGAAGGGGUGGUGAAUUCUCUGAUCAUGGUCCAGCCUACCCUUUUCCAGUAUUCAUUUGAUGGGCCACCUGUCCCAGUAGUUUUGGACGUAUGCUCGAUCUCCCCGGACGUGAUUUUGCUUUUCGAUUCCUUUUUCUAUGUUGUCAUUCACUAUGGUUCUAAGAUUGCACAGUGGAGAAAGCUUGGGUAUGACAAGGACCCUAGCCAUGAAAGUUUCAAGAAACUCUUGGAAGCUCCAGAGCUUGAUGCCGAACAACUGGUGGCCGAAAGGGUUCCAGUGCCAAAACUUGUAAAGUGCGACCAGCACAGCAGCCAAGCAAGGUUUCUUCUUGCCAAGUUAAAUCCAUCUGUUACUCAGAAUUCGACUCAUACAGAAGGUUCGGAAAUUAUAUUCACCGACGACGUGAGCUUGCAAGUAUUCAUCGAGCACUUGCAAGCUCUGGCUGUGCAGGGUUAGUGGAAGGAAUCUUGUAGAGAAGUUUGCUGGUGUAUGUAAUAUUGGAGGGGUUGUUGUAUCAUUGUAUUCUGAAGUUUUGGGUGUAUAGGGGAGGAGUCAAGAAGAAGAGGAGGAGGUUUCAUAGAUAUAAUUGGGUGUGUAUUAUCAUGUGAGAAUUUUGUUUCAUUUCACCAUUCUUGGCUGUUUCAAUAGCUAAUGCUAUUAUUUAGA